AUGUCUCCUAACCCUACCAUCGUAUUUGCCCCAGGCGCUUGGCACUUGGCCUCUUGCUUUGACCCCGUUCGCGAGGCUCUUCACAGCCGGGGAUGGACAACCGAGGCUGUUGAGUAUCCAUCUGUAGGAGCUGAGCCUCCCACCAAGGGUCUUGACGAUGAUGCAGAUGCUGUACGAACUGCCCUUCAGCGUCUAGCCGAUAAAGGAGAACAGAUCGUCCUUGUUGUCCACUCAUAUGGUGGUUUGGUCGGUGCCAAUGCCGUGAAGGGGCUUGGAUACCGCCAACGCAAGGAGCAAGGUCUUUCCGGUGGUGUCAUCAUGUUUGUGUACCUAGCUGCGUUCGUCACGCCGCUGGGCCUGAGCAUCAAGCAAAUGCUCGGCGGUCAAUUCCUGCCCUGGAUGAACCCCAAGGGAGAUUAUGUGUACGCAGACACACCAGAGGAGAUUUUCUACCACGAUCUAAGUGGCGAGGCACUUGAAAGCGCCAUGAAGACGCUCAAGCACCAAUCAGGUCGUGUUUUCACAGACACUGUCACAUACGAGCCAUGGCACGAUAUCGAGACCAUGUACUUCUUCUGUGACGAGGACAAAGCGCUGUUCCCUGUGGUGCAAGAGCAAAUGGCAGGUAUGCUGGGUCCGAAUGCCGUGCAAUUUCACUCAAAAGCAUCGCACUCCGUCUUCCUGUCGAAGGUCGAUGAGACAGUCAAGGGAGUUGAGUUAGCUAUCGAGGAGGGCAAGAAAAGAGCAGUUUAG